CUCCUGCGGGGGCUGAUGGUUCACAAACGUAGCUCGUCCCCGGCUGACGUUCCCGGAGACGGGAGCCUGGCGGCGGAGCAGCCCAGCCCUGCCGCUUGCCAGCUCCCGUGCCGGUCAGCAGCGGCGCCUGGCGCUCACCAUCGCGGGGGGAUGCUGCCCCUUCGCCCCGCGCUGCUGCCCAAGCGAUACCGGGGCGGCUCGGCUCCGCGCUCGCGGCCGGGCCGCGCGGCCGCCCGAGCGGCGGCAGGAGGAGGAGGAGGGCGCGGCAGCGGCGGAGGCGGCGGCGGCGGCAGCAGCAGCAGCACCACCAUCAGCAUCACGGGCGGCGGCGCCCCGGCGCUGGGCCCGCGCGGCGGCGUUGGCCCGGGCCGGCUGCCGGUCCGGCGGCGCGGGCCGGGGUCGCCGCGGGCUGCCCGGAGGGGGGCGGAGCAGGAGCUGCGAGAGCCGUCGCGCUCGUGCGCGAGCUGGCCGGUAGGGGCCGUUGCCACCCCCCGCAGGGGAAGGGGGGGCGGAGCCGGGCGCGGCGCGAGGCCGGGGCGCGGGGCGGCGGCGCUUCUCCUCGCUCAGCCGCCGGCGGGCCCCGCGGCGGUCAUGGCGGCCGUCCUGUCCCCGCGCCUUUGCGACAGCGACCCGGCUACGCCAGGCGCACAGUCCCUCAAGGAUGACACAGAAGAAAAUUCCAAUGAUGGCAGCCAGCCGUCCAAAAGACGACGCAUGGGCUCAGGGGACAGUUCUCGGAGCUGUGAAACUUCUAGCCAAGACCUUGGAUACAGCUAUUUUCCUGCUGAAAACUUGAUAGAGUACAAGUGGCCACCAGAUGAAACAGGAGAAUACUAUAUGCUUCAGGAGCAAGUCAGUGAAUAUUUGGGUGUGACUUCCUUUAAAAGAAAAUACCCAGAUUUAGAAAGACGAGAUCUAUCUCACAAGGAGAAACUCUACCUCAGAGAACUAAAUGUUAUCACAGAGACUCAGUGCACACUAGGUCUAACAGCUUUGCGUAGUGAUGAAGUAAUUGACCUUAUGAUUAAAGAAUAUCCUGCCAAACAUGCUGAGUAUUCUGUUAUACUGCAAGAGAAAGAGCGUCAGCGAAUAACAGAUCAUUAUAAAGAGUACUCUCAAAUGCAGCAGCAGAACACACAGAAAGUAGAAGCCAGCAAAGUUCCAGAAUACAUUAAAAAAGCUGCCAAGAAAGCUGCGGAAUUCAACAGCAAUUUAAACCGGGAGCGGAUGGAAGAACGUAGAGCCUAUUUUGAUUUACAGACACAUAUUAUCCAGGUGCCUCAAGGAAAAUAUAAAAUCUUACCUACAGAGAGAACAAAGGUUAGUCCUUAUCCAGUGGCUCUCAUACCCGGCCAGUUCCAGGAGUACUACAAAAGAUACUCUCCAGAUGAACUUCGUUACUUGCCAUUAAACACAGCUCUUUACGAACCUCCUUUGGAUCCAGAGCUGCCUGCGUUAGACAGUGAUGGAGAUUCAGAUGAUGCAGAAGAAGGACGAGGGGAUGAGAAACGGAAAACCAAAGGCAAUUCGGACAAUUCGUCUGGCAAUGUAUCUGAAGGUGAUUGCGCCACAGAGAACCAGGAGGAUUCUUUUCAGGGAAGACAAAAAACAAGAGACAAAAGUGCUACUCCAAGAAAAGAUGGUUCCAAACGUUCUGUAUUGUCCAAAUCAGUUCCUGGGUACAAGCCAAAGGUCAUUCCAAAUGCUAUAUGUGGGAUUUGUCUGAAGGGUAAGGAGUCCAACAAGAAAGGAAAAGCUGAAGCUCUUAUACAUUGCUCCCAGUGUGACAACAGCGGCCACCCUUCUUGCCUUGAUAUGACCCCGGAGCUUGUUGCUAUGAUUAAGACUUACCCUUGGCAAUGUAUGGAGUGUAAAACAUGCAUUAUAUGCGGGCAACCUCACCAUGAAGAAGAAAUGAUGUUCUGUGAUGUAUGUGACCGUGGUUACCACACUUUCUGUGUGGGACUUCAUGCCAUCCCUUCAGGUCGCUGGAUUUGUGAUUGUUGUCAGAAAGACUCUCCCGUACCAAGAAGAGGAGGAAGAAGGGGGAAAACCAGCAAGGAGGGCUAAAACCCCCAAAACCUUGCUGUCCAAAACUGCACAAACUGAAGUAAUACUUUGGUGCUAUUUAACCAACCACUCUAAGAGGAACAAUACCACUUCUUUUUGGUGUUGUGUUUUUUUUUUUUUU